AUGGACAUCGGGCCACAUGGAUGUGGUGAUGGGGACAUGGGCAACGGGCCACAUGGAUGCGGUGACGGGGACAUGGGCAUCGGGCCGCAUGGAUGCGGUGACGGGGACAUGGGCAUCGGGCCGCAUGGAUGCGGUGUCGGGGACAUGGACAUCGGGCCGCAUGGAUGCGGUGUCGGGGACAUGGGCAUCGGGCCGCAUGGAUGCGGUGACGGGGACAUGGGCAUCGGGCCGCAUGGAUGCGGUGACGGGGACAUGGGCAUCGGGCCGCAUGGAUGCGGUGACGGGGACAUGGGCAUCGGGCCGCAUGGAUGUGGUGAUGGGGACAUGGACAUCGGGCCACAUGGAUGUGGUGAUGGGGACAUGGGCAACGGGCCACAUGGAUGCGGUGACGGGGACAUGGGCAUCGGGCCGCAUGGAUGUGGUGAUGGGGACAUGGACAUCGGGCCACAUGGAUGUGGUGAUGGGGACAUGGGCAACGGGCCACAUGGAUGCGGUGACGGGGACAUGGGCAUCGGGCCGCAUGGAUGUGGUGAUGGGGACAUGGACAUCGGGCCACAUGGAUGUGGUGAUGGGGACAUGGGCAACGGGCCACAUGGAUGCGGUGACGGGGACAUGGGCAUCGGACCGCAUGGAUGCGGUGACGGGGACAUGGUCAUCAGGCUGAAUGAACCUUCCUUCAUUCUUGUGGGACAUGAGGAGGCUCUGAAAGUCUAG